ACUUCCGUUUCCAAUUUCGACCGGGAAAGCGCUCCCCCGCCCCGCUCCCUCCAUACAUAUGCAGAUGAACGGCUGGUAUGUGUUUUUAUGCGCGCGGAUAUUUAACACUUUACUGACGCCACAUAUCUAUGCCCCCCUCAGCACGUAGCGCGAAGACGGUAAUCACUCUUGAUCGCCUGUCAGUUAGAGGGAUUUCUCCUUAACAGGAUACCGGUGACAGACCUGGAAGGUAAGAAAUUCGACUUAUUUUAACCAGCUGCACGCAUAUGUCUCACAUGUCUCUUAUCGCGUAAACUGAGCGAUAUUAAUUAUGCUGAUAUUAACAGGAAGUUUGUGCUUAUUUUACUUUGUGCCUAUUCGCUGUUGCCUUUAUUAGUAGCCUAAGUGAGCGUGAGUGGUCAACGUGCCAAGACACCGCCCUGUCUUUGAAGGUACCCUUAACAAAAAGAAAUAUCUUUACGUUCAUUUUAUUAAAUAUGCUUGAGUAUAAGUUUAUCAAGUAUACUGCCGACCAUGGACUCUUAGUAAACUACAAAGUAUACUAAUUUAACACAUCUUCGGACGAAAUUGUAACAUUGAUAAAUGUGGUGAGGACUACAACAUCUAUCAUAGCAAGAAGUUGUGAUGGAUGUUUUAUUUCUUCUUAAGACAAUUCAGUGAGACGAUGAAUAACAUGAAGAAAUAAAGGUCAAGAACAGGGUUAGUUCUGUAAUUUUUUUUCACAAGCAGUAAACCUUACUCAACUUAAGUGAGUACGGUAAAAAAUAGUGCAUAAAAAUACAGCCGUGCACACCACACACAAACAUACAUUAAUGCUCAAGGAAUUGCAAUUUAAGUUAUGUUAAAUAUUAUCUCAGGGGAUGAAAGGGAGCAAACAUAUAUUUAAAGCUUAUCUUAUUGUUUAAAUUUACUGGACUUUUUCCUACUUAGUAAUAUUAUGUUAAGUGUGCCAGAGUGUAGGAUGUGUUCAUGUUUAACUGGCACACAAAGACACACACCCACCCUCACUCACUCACCCACACAUACACACACAACCGCACACAGAGUGAGAGUCUUAGAUAUAGUGUUAGAGUAAUAUCCACAAAGGUGUUUUUCCUCAAGUUGCCCUGCUCUUGAUUUUUCCUUCUGUGGGAAGCUUAAAGUUUUCUCCUGUAUUAACCUCGCCAGGAUAGCAUGGCUCAAGCAUGUGGGUGUCUGGGUUCACUGACACUGUGCAGUGUGAUGAUGACGAUGAUGAUGAUAUUCUGGAAAAAACAGAAUAACAGUGUUACCAUCCGGAUGCAAAUUCAAAUCCCUCUCGCCAACCGUUACACCAACGUGAUCUCAGGAACAACAUGUUUAAACCAUUACAGCGUCACUUCCUUUGUUUUAACAAACAGGCGCAGCUAAAACUUGUCCAAAAGAUAGUUCAUUUUUAUCAUUGAAUUCUAAAAGCCAAACUUGUGUGUAUUUUGAAGAUUCAUCAUAAACAAAGUGAAGCAUUUCUAGACUUUUUUUUUGUUUGGGCCUUUUAUGAUUUAAGCUUACAGCUCACAAAAAUCAAUGUUAACUCUUGUUGUUUUUAUUUCUGUCCAGGACUUCCUGAUGGCUACCAACAGCUUCACCCCUGCACAUUUUUGUUCUGUAGUUAAGAAUACGUUCUACUUCAACGGUAAAAUUAUUUCACACAGCUUUUAUAAAACUUUAUUUACUACACAAGGACUUAUAGCUAUUUUCCUAUAAUGUUUUUGUAUGAAGACUAAUGUCACUUCCUCUCCUCUGCUCCUUGUUGACAGUGGGUGAAACAGGUAAAUCAUUAAUUGCUUAUUACUCGUCAUACUGCUUUUGAAAACACUUUACAGCCCUGACUGUCUAUUACAAAAUGUUAUUGCCCCAGUUUCACGUGUUCCUCAUUCAUCUUUCUAUCUACAGAAGAGUAUGAGUAUGAGAAUUAUAAGUGUGUGACAGUAUUGGGCUCACAGGUUUUUUUUUCUGCUCUUUAGAGACUGAUCUGGCUUCAGAUUCCUUUAUGAUGGCUAAUAAUUUCCGUCAAUGUUGGAUCCAAUGCAAGAGCAACAAAUUCCUGCUUUUAAAUGAUGACAGACAGUUCCAAGAAGAAGUCCUCUCAAUUGACCAGCUGCAAACUCAGCCUGGUAAGAUUUUAAGUCAUUCAGCAUUGUGAUGUAAUUACUAGAACAUACAAGUACAUUUCAUCUUUAAUAUGGGGAUAGAUUUGUCAUUACCUGUGUGCAUGUGAGCAUGCCAGUUCGUAAAAUCUCCCCGAAUUUUUGGACUUCAUCAUUUCAAGUCAUUCCGUUUUAGUCACUGAAACCGGAAAACAUGUGAAACAAAAGGUUGAUUUAUGUAUGAGAGCUCACAACACUAAGACUCUACAUGCACAACAUAAACGUAUAAAAGUUUUAAUGAUAAAGCCUAACAAACAUUUUUAUGUGUUCACAAAGCGUGCAUGAUGUUGUUCACGCAUGUGAGCAAAUAAUAAUUCAAAAAGUUAAUUAUCGGUAGAGACCUGUGAAAAAGGCGAUGCAUUGACGAUGUCCACACAAUCAUAGCCUAAACAUGUUGACUGUACAGAAGUAUUUCCGAGUGUUGGAAACAGAGGGUUGCAUUACUAAACAUCAUUUAUCAUCUACGAUAAUCAUAUCAUGGAAUCAAAUACUAUUUGGUUUUAAGAGAAAGAGACUGUCACAGUAAGAGUAACUGAUAAAUUCUGAUACACAUGGAACUGCGUUUUUUUUUACAAUAUAUCAAGUACGGGCUGAUAUGAGUCUGAAAACAUGAUGUCGCUCAGAUGAGCCCUCAGUACUUUAAAAAAAAGACAGAAAGCUUAAAUACUAGAAUCAAUGAGUAAGUGAAUACAUCACAAAUAAAUAAGAAAUCAAACAAAAUAGGUGGCAUAAAGACAAAGGUGAUAACUAAAAAUGAAGUAAACUGCAACUAAAUUAUAUAGCAAAUUAGGACCAAAAUUUAUAAACUUGAAGGAAGAUUUGUGAUUACAGGCUUCAUCUGGUGCUGGCACUGUAAAAUAAUGACACAGCAGACUUCUGGUUUCUGUCCAACCAUCUGUAAAUGUUGAAAUAUCAAAAAAUACAAAGUAAAAAGUCAUGUAUGAUUCCUUCAUCUUAUUUAUAAGGUGGUCCAGGGCAAUAACAUGUUUUGGUUACAUUUUAAUAUUCAUUUAUAAAAUGGAAAACAAUAUUGGUCGUGCUUUCGAUUUCAAAACAUGACUGAUACUAAUGUCAGAAACAAACAUUCAUCACAAAACCCUUUGCAGUAAAGCAGAAUUUACACAAAAUUUUUUCCAGCAACUGUUUUCAGAUUCAAUUGUUGUCAUUUCAAGAAGAGAUUGUUGAAUCUGAAUCAUUAGUAGAGCUUUGGGGAACCGCCCUGAGACAGUUGGUAAAUGCAACAACAUGUGUUGGGGAAAAACCAACAUCAUGACACAUUUGCAUGUUACAGAGAUGGGCUAUGAAAUACCCGGUCCUCAAUGUGGGAAUGAAGUACUCAAAUGAGCACAGAUGAUGUAAGAGGGGUGGUUAGCUCGCCCUAUCAGCAUCAACUCAACCAUUAAGGGAUAUUCCGGCGUAAAAUUAAUCUAGGGUCAAACACACCGUAACACAGAGUUGGACAUCCCCAUGAGAGAUGAAUGUUGCCGACCGCUAGCUUCUCUAGCUAUACCAACUACAGUAACGACCGCAGGAUAGCAAUACACAGCGGUCUGAGGAGCCAUAAACAAACCUCAACCAAAACACCACUCUACGGCCACAAAUAAUGCUCAGAACAGCACCUAACUUCAUCAACAGUACAUAUAGGGUCCCAGCCAUAGUACAAGCCACAAAACAUCAUUUUAACUUUGCCUAAUUUCUUUAGCAAAGAGACUAAACACAACUCACCAGUCCAUUACGGACUGCUGUGGGGUGACACAACUCAAGGAAGAACAUUUAUGAUCAUUUCUUCAUGGAAAUGCAAUCAGACCAAGCGCUAAGGCAGAAGAACUACCGCGUCUGCAGUGCAAAAUAAUUACUAUGGUGAUUAUUACUUCAAGGAAAUGAUAAAGAAAUGAUCAUAAAUGUUCUUCCUUGAGCUGUGUCCCCCCACAGCAGUCCAUAAUGGACUGUCCUGAGGUCUCGCUACAAACAAGUGGCUGCUGGAAGAGAGUAGGUGAGUUGUGUUUAGUCUCUUUGCUAAAAAAAUCAGGCAAAGUUCAAAUGAUGUUUGGUGGCUAGUGCUAUAGCUUCGACCCUAUAUGUAUGUUGAUGAAGUUAGGUGCUGUUCUGAGCAUUAUUUGUGGCUAUAGAGUGGCGUUUUGGUUUGAGGUUUGUUUAUGGCUCCUCAGACCGCUGUGUAUUGCUAUCGUGCAGUUGUUACUUAAGUUGGUAUAACUAGAGAAGUAAGCAGUCGGCAACAUUCAUCUCCAGAGGGGAUGUCUAACUCGGUGUUACGGUGUGUUUGACCCCAGAUUAAUUUUACGCUGGAAUAUCUCUUUAAGUUUGAUGUGUAAAAAAAUCAUCCUUGUGUUUUAUCAAAGAUAGGACUAAGUCAGAUUCUUUCCUUCAGAGUGAAGCAAUGAUGCUGUAGUGCCGCCUGCUGCCCAAAUUGUGCCAAGUUAGUCAUGGUCUCGCAGGCAUCUUUUCUCCACCAAAUUUGGUUGAUGCAACACUUUUUAAAUCAACAGAGUGAUAAGAAAUGAUACCAACUUUUCUGCAACACCACUGUUAGUGGGUUCAGUGUAGACAAAUACAAAUAUUAAGGAAGUUUAGGUGUCAGAGUCUUGACAGAUGCAGAGAGGUUUAAAAGAGGUAAGCAUGAAAGGAAGGAUUGUGACGCUCCACCCUAAGGCAGUCCCAAGGGGCUAACUACUCCCACGAUGACCUAUUAAAAGCAACAGAAAAAAACCUUAAAACUUGGCCAUGGGAUUUAUUACAACAAACGCACAAAGAAUGAAUACUUUUAAAGAAGUCGGGGUGUGAGUUGGAUUGAUACAUCUUGUUGGAAAAGAUCAGAGUACAUGUUUGUAAGUUACCUCUGUCAAUCUGCCACAGGCGGCAUUUAACUCCAACUUUCCUUUUAGAGUGCAAAUUUCACAUCCAGUAUUACAACGACUCCAGCCUGAUACGAAAACAGGGGAGGGCCGUCAUGCUGUAUGUCCUCAAAGAUGGAGAGAAGAUGAUGGCCUGCUGCAGCGAGAAGCAUGAUGUGUAUUCUGAGGCUCUGGUGAGUAAGAAGAAAUGCCUUACAGCUGCUGAGACUUGUGACGUCUCUAAGUGCUCCUGCUAGACCUUUUCUGCUUAACCUGUCAACUGUCAAGCAAUGAGACACAGGCAAUAAUAGCUCAUUCAUUUUCAACAGGACCUACCAAAAGAAAUAAAAGAAAAUACACAUAAAGCCGUGUUCUACAUGAAGAGGCUGCCAUCAACUAGUGACAAGCACAUAUUUGAGUCGACUCUGUUUCCAUCCUGGUUCUUGGCAUUGGAGUCUGAUGGAAAUGACUCUUCUCUGCACAAACUGGUCCUUAGUCAUGAUGGGAUGGAUGAGAGUUGUGAGUUUUCCUUUUCCCAAUAAUGAUUUCAUAAUACCGUCUUUCAUUAUUUUAGAGCAGUUUCCUACCAGAGGACUCUUGAAAGCGUCAUCACUGUACUCUACAUGCAAAAAAUCCCUACUUAGUACAUGUCAGAAGCUGAAUAAGAGGCUUCUGACAUGUAGAAGUUAUAGGUCUGUAUUUGCAGAAAAAUGACUAAAAAUUAAAUGUUCCUGACCUGCAUGCAAAAUGUACUUUUAUUAGCAACAUUUCUCACAUGAACUUUAAUCAGGCGACAGUUUGUAAGAAAGGAGACACAGAAAGGAGACACAAAGUGGUCAUGAAAAAAUAUACAUACAGUAAAUAUGAAACUGACACUAGACAUGAUUUAAGUAAUUUACCCUGCUUUGUGAAGUGUUUGCAGUCACAGAUAGCAGACUUCAGUCACAUUGCAAAAGAUUCGAUCCAAAGUGGCUCAAUUAAUUCUGAUUAAAGAAGAUUGGAUUCAAUUCGACUUGUGCUGUUUACACUGCCAUAAAAAGAUCAGAUAUGAUCACAGGUUGGGUCUUUUUUGACUGUACCCUAAUUAGAUAUGUUAAUUUGACUGGCUUAGUUCAAGGGAAACUUCUUAUAAGAAACUUCCAUGCUGUCAUGCUCUGUUGUACAAGUGUUGUUUUCUACAUGAAUCAUGUUAUCCUGCUUCAACACCCUCACUCUCUCAUAAUGAAGAUGGAAAAAAAAAGCUGGUUCUGGCAGUUAAUUCGUGUCAGAGUUUUCUGACAGUCAGAACAAACAAAUGGAAGUCGUCAGCCUUUAUGUAGACAGCUUCGAAGAUUACAAAGAGACACCAGUAUCAUUUCAGUCUGUUUCAGAGCAAGCUAAACUCUCCUCUUAGGUGAUUAUAAACUCAAUUCCACCAGGUCUGUUCUGAUCAAUACCACUGAAUACUCAUUACUGAACCUCUCCGUUUCUUUGUGUCUGGCUAACCUAAAAGUUCUCAGUACAUACAAGAUUGUUCAUUGUCACUUAAUGAAGCAUAUUCAUUAUGAUAAUGUAAGAUGUUGAUUAUUGAGAUAAUGAUUAAAUGAAGAGAUCUUUUAUGUAUGUACACCAGAUUUUAAAACUCAUUUUAAAAUAUAUAAUCAUUUCCGUGUAUGUAUUAAGCUAUACAUUUCUUUGGGUGUCUUUUUUUUAUAUAUAUAUUGUUUAAAAUCAUUAUUCAGACUUUCCGUUUUUUUUAUAGUCGUGUUACAAUUUUAUCAAAGUACUUUGAAAACCUUCUUUUUUUUAACCAUGUAUCUUUUGUACUUUUCUGUAUUAUGUUUGGCAAUAAAAUUCAAAAAGUGAAAAAAAUCAGUAAAGCCAACUUUAUUCUACCGAGGCAGGAACAGAACAUCUUUCCAGAUCUCAUUUUGUGCGUAUAAUCUGAGGAGACACAAUUGAACAGAUAUUACAGUGAUAACUGAUGCAGAGGAAAGCAAACGACAAAAUGACAACAGGUAGAAUUUUAAAUCAACCUGCAACACUCAUACUUGCCCUCAUCAUUAGCUGCAUGCAAGGAUUGUGUGAAGUAGCUAUGCCAGAUGAAUAUUCCACUAAAGCAUGGCAGCAUCAGAAGCCAUAUAUUCGUCUUUUAAGCACAAAGACUGCACAUUAAGUUUGUGUUUAUCAAUGAAACUUUUGUAAACUUGAGAAAAACUUACAGAAAUUUCUAAGUUUCAAACCAAAUGUGCAUUUUUGUUUAAAUAAGCAGUUUGCACUCUCACAGUGGAAGCAGUUUGUAGGUCAAAUAUGAUGUACAGCAUGACCCAGUUUGUCACACACCUUUAUUUCACUGUUGUGAGUGUGGUUAUCGAGCACAGGGUGGUAUUUUGCCGCAGACCCUGCUCUAGUAUACACAGUUUCCUGUUAGACUCCUAUAGCUGGUGUGUGUACACGAUGACUCACAUAUGAUUCACUAUGACUUAGUCUACAGCAGAGCAGGCAGAUUUCUAUAUGGAUUUCGAAGGUGAAAAGAAAGGAUCAUUGCAUGUCCCACUCUAAUAAAUAUGUACUGUUUUACACUGGACUGAAAAAUGACCCUAAAAAAGAAUAACACUCAACUGAAGACUGUCUUGUUUUAUCCAAGAGUGCAAGGGUUUCUCCUGAGUUUUAAACCAGCUUUAUUCAAACAUUACUGAUGCAUUACUCGCUUUAAUUUCCAACAAUCGGUUCUUCUUUGCUCUUAAACUGAAGCUUUUGGAGGCAGCUGUAGUUUUUCGAAUCGACUUUGUAAACUACUGGUGUAAUCUCAAGUACUGUACUCACCAACAGCCAAUAACAAAUUUGCGGAAAUAUUCCUCACAAUAUUUGAGCUGCCAGAUAGAGCUGAAAUUCAUUUGGCGACCCUCAAGAAUAAAAACAAACACAAAUAUUUAGAUAUCGACACAAGUCAAGAUCACAUUUCCUGUUUUUAAUUAUCCUCUGGAAGCAUUUUUCAGUCAAAUGUGACACAACACAGAUAAGACAGUGGUCAAAGUGGGAGUCUAUUACACGAGAAUGUUGGCACUAAUAACAUUGAUUUGUGCAAUGACCCUUUUUAAAUGAACUGCUGAUUAAACAGGUCAGUCCAUGCACAUGUUCCACUCUGAACACCUGCCGCUCUGCACAAACCCCAAACCACAACUGACGUCCAACUUUUAUAACACUUCAGUCAGUGUUUGCACCCGUCAGUCUUUAAGUAGAAACCUUCAUGUUAUGGGUAACGACAACAAACCGAAGUGACCUCCGAAGUGCCUUAUUUUCUAUGUGGGUUAGUGUGUUCAAAUAAAAAACUGCUCUACUCUGCGGUGCGGUGCCGUCCCGUUCUUCCUCAUGGGUUUAAGAGCAAAAGAUAGUAUGUACAUGUUGUGAAUCAAAACAUUAAACAAAUCUGCGACAAGAAAACAAUAAAUUAGCUGUCAGGUGACUUCUUUCAAAGAAGCUGAAGCUGUUUUGUCGAAAACAUGGAUUUCCCCUGCAAAUAUGUUUAUCUGUUUGUAGAAUUGGUCAGAAAUGUCUAAAUGAAUGGACGAGCUAAGGAACAGAAUUAAAGAGGAAACAAAGCUUGAACUGAGUGGAGUCUGAACCCACACAGAAGCUGAUCUCCUCUGUGAUUGUAGAAAAAUGGACGCUUGUUUCUGAACAUGUCUUAACUAGACUGAGAAGGAAUUUACCACAUAGACAUGCCUAAAUUGGUUGACAUUAAUUACACUCUUGUGAAUCGCUUGUAAUAUUGUCAAAAUGAUAUAUUUAUAAGAAUUUACAUAGAACACCUUGAAUUUUUACAAUCAGCCAGGACCAGACCACUUCUGUCCCAGUUGUCUAGGUCCUCCCAACUUUUCCCAGUCCACAGUUAAGUUUAUUUGCUCCACAGCAGGGCAAUGGCUUUGCAGAUGCCCACGUCGUUGUAGUUGAAGUAGCAAAGACCGGCGAAGGUGAUGGUGGAGACGAGGAAGAGGCUCCUGUUUGCCAUCUUGAUCUUUUUGUCCCCGUGGACGUAAUCUGUUAGCACUUGCCCGAUACCCCUGAGAGACAAGAAAAACAAGGAAUCAAAUCAAAGCAUCUGAAGCAACCGUAUCAAAUCAGUACAAGUAGCAGAACACCAUCACUUUGGAAGGUGUUUAUGAUGAGCUUUGUUCAAUGCUUCAACAUGGUGAAACAUCAUUGAUCAAAUAAUUUUGUGAAACUUUACAGUCAUCUGUAAGACUUUUAGGUGCCUGUACAUAAGAGCCUAUGAUGCAUAAUCAGCGUACUAUGCAGGAUUUGGGUUUCUAUUCGCUUUACUGGCGCCAUGUUCAUCAAGUGUGCAUUCAGCUCCAACAUUCCCAAGAAAAAUAAAAUCCCAUUAAGUAGACUUCAUUUAUCCAAAGUACCAGCUGAGGGGAGGAAGCUGUCCAAACGACUCAUGCUCCAACUGUAGGCUGUGCCGACGCCAAACCACACUGGAGAAUUCACCUAAGUGGUUUUGGCCGGACGGGACACGGCUUGACCCUUUGAGAUUCAUACCUGCUCUGAGAGCUGUUGCUUAACCAGACUUAUCUCUACCCAUGACUGGGAUUUGUGGCCUACACCUGCCAUGAUGUUCAGUCUACGCUCUGACUGAUGGGAGGACACGCCGCCGUGACGCUAAGCUAAAGCCACCCUCUGAAGUCUGCAAACAGAGCCAGAACUGACCGGGCCUGAUUGAAUAUCUGCUGACAGCGAUGGCGAGAUGACUUAGAUUACCCCCCCCCCCCCCCCUCACACACACACACACUGAACCACCAUGUCUCAAAGUUUGCCUUUUGUCUCAUCAGGGUCAGUGAACAAACUAAAUCUUUGUGCUGGGGGAGAGGAGCCUGGCUGGGACGCAUGCUUCACUGUCAUUUAUCUGAUCUCAGGUCCUAUCAGCUCUCAUAUUCAGACAAUAUAUACCUCUGGGAACGAUGACCUCCCUGUGUGUGAUAAACUACUGCCAGCCAAGGUUACUUUUUACGUGCUCUGUUCUGUUUAUAGCCCAGUCAGCAACCUGAGAAGGGACUGUGUGUGUUUAGAUCGAAAACAAAUCCACCCAUACAUACAUGUCUGCAAAAUAAAUGCCGUCACCUUUUGAUUCAUGGAAAACCCCCACAGACGCCCCUGUGCAGUCAUUUCUGGUGGGCCUUGGUCUCCCAGAAUUACACAGAGGUUUCACUCUGUGUUUUCAAAAUAAAGAAUUCAAAUUUGUCAGGUCUGUACCCUAGUGGAGAUGAAAUAACUUACAAUAUGAGUUUGAUGAAUGGAGGUCAAACUGAUCAUUUCUGAUGCAUUCCAUGAAGUUAGGAAAUCUUAAAGGGGACCUGCCACCAAAAUUUCAUACCCAUUUUUAUCAUUUUUUCAUAAUCCUUGAUGUCCUCUGAUCAUGUUUGCAACAUAAUUUUAUCUGAAAAGUUAUUUGAUGGUUUGUUUUAGUAUGCCUAAAAAACCUUACAGGAAAACCAACUGGUUUUAGCUCAUUAACAUUUAUGGUAAUGAGCUUUGCUCUGAUUGGAUCGCUGCUGUGAAGCCUGCUGUGCUCUGAUUGGCUCAGCAGUGGAGGUUCGGAUUUCGGUUUAUCCAUUGUUAUUAUGCUAAUGCUAAUAGCAUACGCUAAUGUGUGCUAAAGUAAGGUGCCCAGAAUGUCUGUAAUAAUAUCCGGGGAUAUUCGGUGCGGCGGUGCAGGGGCUGUGUGAUCACAGACAAAGUCUCGGUACUAUUUAGUAGCAGCGCAUGCCCCUUGUAAUAACCCCCGUAAGACCUGUUGUUCAGGACUGCUAACUUGUGCUUCCUACCUAUUCGGCUACUGUAAUAACCGUUGUUCGAGCCCACACGCAACAUUUUUGCUCUCAUUCAUGAAACGCUUAAAUCGGGGACAUUUUCGGCGACAGCUUUUGGCGGGGACAGGUCAUCCAAUACGGGGACUGUCCCCGGAAAUCGGGGACGUCUGGUCACCUUAUGCUAAAUGCUAAAAACGGCAGGUAUUAAACCAUAUAUUUUAGACCCCGAGUCCGAAGAGGAGGUGGAAGUUGAGGAAGAAGCCGGAGAUCUCCAGCGGUGUUUUCUCAUUCAUUCUGCCCAGCUUUAAAUUCAUUUUCCCGGCAGUGAACCGAAGGAAACACCGGUCGUUUGGAAGAGACCCAUAGCGUAUACAGUGGUAGCUGGGUCUCGCUCUGGCUGUGACUGAGUACGGGAACGAGAGAGUGGGCGCGGCUCACCGAGGACGCGGUCGUGAAUUAUAAUGAGCAACGUCAACGCAA